AUGCACAAAGAAAGGCCCCUUCGGUACUACUUUGACAAUAAGGACGAAUGGGUCCGGCGAGGAAUCAACCCUAUAUCUGCUGUGAAAAGCUACUUUGAGACUAAGGAGCACCUCCGAUUCGUACAGAGUCAAUGGGAUGCUAUGAAUCUAGCCAGUACUAUGAAUUUGUCUGGAGCUAUGAAACGACGUCUAUUACUAUUCAAAGCUUGUAUCAGCAACCCAUCUCGUCCCUGCGUGCCACGCCAUAACUGGAAAAUCUUCACCAAAUAUCUCCAGCCUUAUACAGGAUCUAUGAUCAAUCAUGUUCGCCACACAGAAGACAUUCACCAUACAGAUGAAGCUACUCACAAGGAAGGAGCAAUCUACGCUACCCUAGCCGUUUACUAUGUCGCUACCAAAGCGAAGCACCAAAAACCUACUAUGUAUGCCAUAAACCAGACUGCUGACAAAUUUAUCAUGGAAUUUAAAGGACAGCCUCCAACGCUAGGGAAACGCUUCGAAUUGUACUUGGCUGAGAUCGAUGAACCGAGCCAGUACGACCUCCCAGACCAUACGAAAAGCGAGCUAACUAUGGCAACAGGAUACUUCACAGUUGCCACUAUGGAUUAUGCCAAAUUCUCACCUUCGCUAGUAAGUGAACUCGCUAAUCGUUCUGCAGCUCACUAUCUUAGCUGCUUGCUAGGCAAUAAUCAAGAAUGUACAGCCAAGCUCACCCCUAGCAACGAAGAUGACACCAACGUAUAG